CUCGUUCAACUGAAAGGUGCAGUAUGAAUUUAAUGGGCUACUACCAACUGUUUUCUGUUAUUUGGUUUGCGAGAUUUGUAAGAUGUGAUGAUUAUUUAGAUGGCAACCCUCAGAAGUUGCCGACAGCACUGAAAACAGAAAGCAAAGUAUUCGAUCCUGUUCAGAGUAACAAUUUAGAAGAAAAUGAAGCCUUACGUCGGAUACAAGAUUACUUGUUGUGGAUGCAGGAACACAUCGAGCUGAGCGAGGCGACGAUUAUCGCUUUACUGAACCAGGAGAAAGCCGAACGGAUCGCGAAAUUCCGGAGUAUCUUCUCUGCAGAUGGAAUACUAAUAUUGACACCCAAAGGUUUUUAUGUGUCGCUGUCACAUAUACUAAUUUUUCACUUGGCAAUACUGAUUAUACUCGCACUGAUAGUAGUGUUUUCGUCGAAAUCUUCAUCCAAUAAGCAACCACCGGCUCAGAAACAAGCCAGUUUGGAAGUGGACAAAACCGUUGUUUGAAAAUAUUAAAUACAGAUAUGAUUAAUUUUUCUAAA